AUGUCAACUUGUUGUGCUAGGGCUAGCACCGAAUGGUUGAAUCCGAAAGGUAACAGGUUAGCUGUACCCGGAAGAAUACAAGGGGGCAGAUGGGAAUUAAAUAGAAGGACUUUUGCUAUUAAAAGAAUUGUUGCUACUGGCGCUUCAGUUAUGACUCCUUCUGUAGUUGCUGAAUCCUCUCAAGGCUUGCAGCAAUUACCAUUUAAACCAGAGGGUUACAACUAUUGGACAUGGCGAGGGCAUAAAAUUCAUUAUGUAGAGGAAGGGGAAGGGUUGUCAGUUGUUUUGAUUCACGGAUUUGGUACUUCUGCUUUUCAUUGGAGGUAUAAUAUACCAGAACUGGCUAAAAAUUACAAGGUUUAUGCUCUGGAUUUGCUCGGAUUUGGCUGGAGCGAAAAGGCACGAAUAGACUAUGAUGCCUUGAUUUGGAGAGAUCAGGUUGCCGACUUCUUAAAGGAGAUAGUUAAACAACCCACGGUUUUAGUGGGGAACGGUCUUGGAGGAUUUACUACUUUGUUAGCAGCAGCAGCACUGCCAGCUGAGCAAGUCAAGGCAGUUACCUUAUUAAAUAGUGCAGGACAAUUUGGGGAUGACAUUACUUCAACUGACACAACUGAAGAGACAGCCUUAGGAAAGUUCAUUGUAAGGCCACUAGAGGAAAUCUUUCAACGUGUUGUCGUCGGAUUGGCAUUUUGGCUAUCCAUGCGACCAGCUCAAAUUGAAGCUCAGCUGAAGAGUGGUGUCUAUAGAAACCAUUCAAAUGUGGAUGAUUACCUCCUCAAUUCAGUUGCUAUUCCUGCUGCUGAUCCAAAUGCAGGGGAAGUUUAUUACCGACUACUAAGACAACUUAUAUCGAACCCGAGAAAGUAUACACUUGAGAGUGUGCUGAGCCAACUCUCUUGCCCAUUGUUGUUGUUGUGGGGUGACCUAGACCCUUGGGUUGAUCAUGCAAAGGCAAACCGAAUUAAGGAUUUCUACCCAAACACAACCCUUGUAAACUUGCAGGCAGGGCAUUACCCCCACGACGAAGUUCCAGAACAAGUGAAUAAAGCUUUAUUAGAUUGGUUAUCAACCUUGGGGUUGUCAGAACCUUCUCUUGAAACAAUGCCAGAAAUGUAA